AUGAAGGGGUACAAUGUAGAGAAGUAUGCAUGGGGGACACUUCACACAUCUCAUGGACAGUGCAGAAAGAAUGCUUGUGUUGUUGCAGCCGGCAGCCGUCUGUACAUGUUGGUUGGAAGGAAUCAAGUCACAUGGGAUUACUCCGAAAAAGCUGAGAGAUUCGAUACCGUGGGGAACAAAUGGGAGGAAAUCGCAGACAUGCUACAAGAAAGAAGCCAAGCUUUUGGAGUGGCUUCUCGAGGAAAAAUCUUCGUUGCUGGAGGAACAGGCUGGACAGGGGACGUACAAACUUGUGAGACGUACACUACGUCGACAAAUGAGUGGCAAUAUGUUGCGAACUUCAGCGUUCCACGUUCUUGUGGUAGUAUGUUUGACUUGCUUCCUCUGGCCAUAGUUAUGGCUUGUGUGAAGCUGGUCAUGGAUGCUAUUACAAAGAUGGCUACUUUUUCCGAUGAAGAUGAUCUGUCGAAGUCACCGAGAAAGGGAUAUGAUGCACGUGUUGUUACUGCUCGUGGUGGCAUGUACACUUUUUGUUAUCUCCCUGAAGAGGACCUGUGGAAGCGAUUACCAGAUGGUCUGAGGGACAUAAACGCCAGUUCAACUCAGAUGAUAAAAUUCCGUGAUCAGUUGUUUGCCUUUUCCGGCUAUCAAAAGUCAGAGAGAUACGAUCCUCUUUUUAACGCUUGGUCUCAGCUAAACUUUAAUAUAAGUUAUGCAAAGGUAGCCGUUCUUAAAGGAGAAAUUUAUGCUGUUCAAGUUGACACAUUUCGGAGGAAAACUGCUACGAAGAGGUACAAUGUAAAGCAGUAUACAUGGGAGACACUUCACUGA